AUGGCUACGACAUCAACGCCACGAUCCCCAACCGGCGGCCAGGGACCAUCAAUUGUGUCGGGAGCCACAGGCACCAACCGGCAACCCCCGCAUGCUAGUGCGUCACGGCCACAUAAUCCGCCAUUUUCUGCGUAUCUUCAGCUUGUCGCAUUUACUGCCACUAUCACGGUUUCCGUUUCCAUCUCGGCUAGCCAAGGAUUUGCUACGGGAGGAAACUUCUUCGGUGUUCCUCUAACCAAUGAGACUGAUCCACCCAUAGCAGCUGCCGUUCAGGCUACGGCAGACGCUUCGUACUGGCUCUCGUGGGCAGCAGCUACAUCCUCGGUCUCAUUGAUGAUCGCACUCAUUCUACAGUUGAUGCAAACAGAUGAGAUGUUCCUCGAUGCGCUAGAGAGGACAGAGGGGGGCCGCAGCCACGAACUACCAAGAGCAGUCGUGGGGGCUGGGAGUUGGGUUGCUCUCUUGUUACAAGCAAGCGCAUUAGCGUUCAUAGGGCAAGCCCUGAGGGCGAUUAACAGCAACAGCGGGAGCAUGAUACAGUGGGCACUACUUGCCGUGGGGACAACUUUCGUGACCUUUUACCUACACACCAUCAAGUUCCAGGACACGGUUAGGGACUUAUUCCGAGAUACCUGA